CGUGAGCGCAGACCGUGGAUGUAAUAUUAGUCAGAGUCAUACAGCCGAACAUAACUGAAUGAUAAUGGCUUCCAGGGAUCCUGUGGUGCGAUUUAACCUCUGAGUAGAUGAUUAAAGAGGUUACAGACAGGGCUCCUGAAUAUAACACUGAUGUUAUGAUUCAGGAGGUGGAGAGCAUCCCUGAACCUGAAGAUGAGGCGUCUGUCUCAGAGGAAAGCCCUGACCCUGGUGAGAGAGCUGGACGCCUUUCCAAAGGUGUCAGAAAGCCACGUGGAGACCUCAGCCUCUGGAGGAACAGUGUCGCUGAUUGCUUUCGGUGCCAUGGCUCUUCUGGCUUUCUUCGAGUUCUUUGUUUAUAGAGACACUUGGAUGAAGUAUGAAUAUGAAGUUGAUAAGGAUUAUUCCAGUAAAUUGAGAAUAAACAUCGACAUCACAGCUGCCAUGAAAUGCCAGCAUGUUGGAGCAGAUAUUCUGGACCUGGCUGAGACCAUGAUCACAUCCAACGGCCUCCAGUACGAGCCUGUUAUUUUUGAUCUGACUCCACAACAGAGAAUGUGGCAAAGGACGUUGCUUCUCAUACAGAACAGGCUGAGAGAGGAACAUGCUCUUCAGGAAGUCCUUUACAAAAGUCUCCUCAAAGGCGGUCCCACUGCCCUGCCCCCCCGGGAGUAUGCCUCUAUAGAGCCACUGAAUGCUUGCAGGGUACACGGGCAUGUCUACGUCAACAAGGUGGCAGGAAACCUACACGUAACUGUCGGAAAGCCCAUUCACCAUCCACAGGGUCAUGCCCACAUUGCAGCUUUUGUCAGCCAUGAUACGUACAACUUCUCCCAUCGGAUUGACCAUUUAUCUUUCGGGGAGGAGAUACCGGGCAUCAUCAAUCCUCUGGACGGCACAGAGAAAAUCACCUAUAACCAUAACCAGAUGUUCCAGUAUUUCAUCACAGUGGUUCCAACCAGACUGAACACAUACAAGAUAUCUGCCGACACACACCAGUUCUCUGUGACUGAGCGGGAGCGGGUGAUAAACCACGCAACGGGCAGUCACGGUGUCUCCGGCAUCUUCAUCAAGUACGACACCAGCUCUCUGAUGGUGACGGUCAGCGAGCAGCACAUGCCUCUCUGGCAGUUCCUGGUGCGUCUGUGCGGCAUAAUCGGGGGUAUUUUCUCCACCACAGGCAUGCUUCAUGGGCUUGUUGGCCUCUUUUUUGACGUUAUUUGCUGUCGCCUCAAACUUGGAGUCUACAGAAGAGAGGAGGUGCAGCUACACAACGAGAUGAACAAUCUUAACAAUCACCAGACUCCUUUGUUGGCUGAAGCAGUCCUCCAGGAGUAACUGUUUCUCUGUGAGCAGGCUUUAGGCCAUUGUUAAAUAACGUCAUCGAUGUCAUAUCAUUGUGUUUUCUACAAAACAGUCUAAAUGAUCUGUGCUGUUGACUGACAAAUGGUAAAGUUUACAUAAGAUAAUUGCACUUUAGGAAAAUGUAUUUCCCGUGAAUGCAUGAGUCAUACUUGUGUUUCUUUUAAAAACACGAUUACCUUCCUUUCCUGUGAUGGGUUUGUUUAGAAAAGUUGUAGACUUUCUGUCCAUGUGUUGUAAUAUCAUAUACGCUGAUUGUUUGGCUGCCAUUCAGUCCAUUAAAGUUUACAUAUUUACAAAAGAA